GUGGGAUGGGAUUCGAUGUCGGAGUGGUUAGCUACCGAGAUUUCUAUGUCGAGAUAUGGGAGGUGGCAAGAGAAAGAAGAUGCCGUCGUUUGUUACUGUGUUUGGCGUCGAAAGGAAGUCUUCAUGGAGCCAGGAAGAGCUUUCGCACCAACUCCGCGACUCAUUGGGGCACGCUUGCCCAGCACCCUGAUCGGCAUCUUCUGGUUCAGGCGACGUGCCGCGGACAGCGGCCGCGGAGCUGAGAGCCCUGAGGUUGCGGAAGACCGUCUAGUCUGGGAACCUUCGGACUUCUACCGGCACGUCGGCCGGCUGCUUCUGACCCGCUGUCCGGCCACGCGCUCUGCACGGUCAGAGUGCGAGGGCUGGAUUCGGCUGCAGGUCCAUUACUCCACACAUAUCGCAUUGCUGGCCACACUGGUCACGCUGGCAUCGCUGUUCCCACGGGUUCGCCUGGAAGUUGAGUUCGAGGAGGAAGCUCCGCAAAGACAGCAGGAGCUCCUUGCGGGGUCGAA